CGGCAAGCCAGAGGCCGGACAGAGCGGCUGCUACAGUGUCGCUUCCUGUUUUGGCGUGGACCUCCUUCGGAGAGAUAAAAGCCGCGUUCCGACAUUGCUUCAGGGAGUACUCGCCCGUUUCGCAGCCUCACUGUGUCGUUCUGAAGGAGCUACAGCUCCGGUGGUUGACCACUUCCUCCGGGAUGGCGCUCAGAGCCGCACUCGUCCUGCUGACGGUUGCCCACUGGUGCGUCGCGGCCGUCUCUGACGACGCGGAGGGCUGGUGCGAGCGGGUGUGCUCGGGCACGCGACCGACCUGCCCCCCGGUGCCGCCCCCCGCCUGCCCGGUGCCCGUCUGCCCGCCGCCGGUGGUCAACCUGUCGUGCCCCGAGCCGCGCUGCCCCGUGCCCGCGCCAUGCCCCUCGUGCCCCGUGCCCCCGCCUUGCCCCUCGUGUCCCACGUGUGCGGCCCCGCCCACCUCUCCCACCCCGACGUCUCUCACUGUGCCGUCGGCGGCCUCCCGCACGCCGCAGGCCGCCGCGCCUUUCUUUCCUUACGGGUACCUGCGCUAUUCCAACCUGGGGGUGUACAAGUUCUACCCCGAAGCGGAGUGGUUGGAGGCGAACGCCACGUGUACUGCCGACGGGGCGCACCUGGCUCCCGAAGUGGAUUUAUUACUGUACAUCAUGGAAAGAAGGAACGCUAAAAAAGCAUUCAUUGGAUUUCACGACUAUUAUUACGAAGGAAACUACAGAACUGUUUUAGGUAAGGAAAUUCCAGUAACUGUGCCAGAAAAGGCAAUUAAAAAGAGCCUUCAUGUUAGAUGGUUUAUCUCUUGA